UCCAGGAAUUAUGUCAAACUCACUGGCUUACAAGUUUUCGCACCUAAUGACCAAGUCCUCGAUCCCACCCUGCAGGAUUCUUUAGUCGUUCCAUUGGAAGUCAUUGUCGAUUACCGCUAUGACCAUGAUGGAUUUUCACGACUGUUAUCGCAGUCUGAUGGGACUUUACACUACGACAAAUUCAAUCGACUUCGCGUGCAAAAUGGGGCAUUAUCGCAUUUACACAAUAUCACCGAAGUCAGCGAGCAUAUCCGGAACUAUACAGACCGUGUUAGUGUCCAUAUCCCUCGAUUUUCGGUAUCGGCUAAAUCCAACGAAUUCGCGGCCAUC